AUGGGCCUUACUGGGUCUCCCAUGGUGUGUGGGAUGAGAUACUGUAUCUGUCCCCCACAGGAGACCAGAGGGGAGAAGUCUGUGUAUGGUGACACACACCACACCACACACAUGCAGGGGUGGGUUUCUGUCAACACAGCCGGAGGUCUUCUCCAAGGGGAUUGAGUAACUAUCUAUAGAGUAACUUCACAGACAGACAGACAGACACCUCCACAUCUGUGUUAUUUUAUCUGGUCUAUCUGCUAUGCUACUGCAUUCCUCCUGCCUGUGGUCUGAACCGUCUAACCCAGGGGUGUCAAACAUACGGCCCGCGGGCCGGAUCAGGCCCGCAAACGGGUUUAAUCCGGCCCGCGAGAUGAUAAAAAAAAAAAAAAAGUUAUUUUUAUUUUUUUAUAUAAAAAUGCGCUGCAAUUUUUCAAUAAAAUAAACUGCUGUUCCAAUUGCGUCCCACUGGAUGGAUCCAAACUGUUAAUUUCAUCCGAUCCAGAAGCCUGAAUCACCGUCAGUUUGACAGCCUUCUCAGAGAGAAAGACCACAUCUAUGGCCUGCCAUACCACACUGAGGUAAGAUGGUUAAGCCGAGGUGCUGUGCUGAGGCGUUUCUUUGAUUUACGAGAAGAAAUUGAACAGUUCAUGGAAGAAAAGGGCAAACCAGUGUUAGAAUUUCAUUCCGCAGAAUGGAUGCCGGACCUUGCAUUUAUGGUGGAUGUUACAGAGCACCUGAUUAACUUGAACAAACAGCUGCAAGGGCGCAACAAAGUUGUCACGCAGUAUUAUGACAGCAUACGUUCUUUCAAGUUGAAGCUGUCAUUGUGGGAGACGCAACUUGCCGGUGGUGAUGCAGCUCACUUCCCCUGUCUGAAAAAUGUGUGCGUGACCCAACAUGUGGCAGACAUGAAGCGGUUCAAAGAUAAAAUAACUGGACUGUUACGGGAGUUUGAGCAACGCUUUCAGAUUUAUGUUUAUAUGUUUUUAUGUUGAUGUGCUAUUGUUUUUAAUCGAUUUUAUUUUAUUUGUAUAUUUAACCUAUUCUUGACUCUGUGGUUCUUGCACUUGUUUGACACCCUGAUAUAGUUCUGUGAUCUGUGAAACAGUUCUGUUAAUCACUGAGGCAUUGUGUGUUUGUGUGUUCUUUUUCUUUAGAAUUUUCAAAUAAACUUGACGUGUUUUAUGAUUAAUAGUGAUGUUGUGCUUGUACUAUUUUGGACACACUGUCCUCAGGCUCCAGCUUUAUGUUGUAUGUUGAUCAUAUUAAAACAAAGAAAACAAUCUGAAGUUGUUGUUUUUAAGUUAUAUAUACCAUGAUUUUUCCGGUCCGGCCCACUUGGGAAUAGAUUUUCCUCCAUGUGGCCCCUGAGCUAAAAUGAGUUUGACACCCCUGGUCUAACCCCUCCAACUUUACCAGCAUCAUACUAGCAUACAUACCAGUGAAAUCUCUGUGACAUAUGAAUUACGAGUGGUAGUGUAAUCACUACGUUAAAAAAUAAUGUAUGUGUUCAAUUAUUAAGUCCUAUUCAAGUCCAGAUUGGUCAAUUAGUCUUAUUUGACGCGUCAGAUAACAAGACGAGUACUGACCAUAACGGCGUUCGAUACCUACUUACCUACCCUAGGCUGCCUUGCCUGGAGGAUGGAGCCUGGGUAGUUGUGUGUAGAUUGUUUUUCCAUGGUGGGGGAUGUGAAGUCAGAAAGAGGGAGGGAGAGAGCGAGAGAAAUGCACAUUCCAGGUUUUAUCUGUCCUCUGGAGCUACACCACCACCGCCGCCAUGCAUUAUUCAUCUACCAUGUUAAUGCAAGCCUUAAACUGCGCCAGCACCUGCCCUGGAGACCUAAAACUCACGCUGCGCUCUCUCUCCCUCUCUCCACCCCCCACCCCCUCUCCUCCCUAUCUCUCGCUCUCUCUGUCCACCCUCCUCCCUCCCCCUCUCAGGGACAUUUCGUUGUACGUUCUGUCAGACGGAGGUAGAGGAGGAUGAGUCUGCGGUGCCCAAGAAGGACGCCAGGACCCUGGUGGCCCGUUUCAACGAACAGAUCGAGCCCAUAUAUGUGCUACUGCGCGAGACAGAGGACGUCCACCUAUCAAACGACCUGCUGGAACCAGAGCCCGCCGAGAUCCCCGCCCUCAAACAGAGGUCGGCCCCACCCCCCCUUCACUUCCAAUCAGUGUUCACGUUUAUGAGUCCCACUGUAAAUUGUUCCUGUCACCGCUCAGCUAGUCCUGUACACCAGAGCAUUAUAUUUAGAGAGUUAGGACAUUGAGGUUUCUGCAUCAUCAUGCAUUUACAUGACACCACAAAAUUCUAUAGCAGCCAUGUUACCGCCCCAUUAACAUUACAUGGGGAAUAUUUAAACAAUGCUAUGUAACUGAAUGUCUAGAAUUAGCACGAUAUUUAAAAUUCAAAAAGUUGGCCUAACUUUCUAAAUAUAUGGCUCUCCUGUAAACUGUGCUGUAACAGCUCUGCUUAACCUGUAAACAGUGACAUAUUCACAGAUUGAGCCCUUGUGUCUGUUGUCAUUAGUGGAAUGUAAUAUAGUUUACUGCUCUGUCUUCACGUUCACAUAUCACACUGUAAGCUACAUUGCUAACUUAUCUCUCUCUCCUCUCCGUCCCGCCCUGUAGUCGGGACCGUGCAGCAGCGGCGGCGGGUGCAGCAGCUGGCGGUCCCCACCGGGAGGCCUGGUCCACCAAGAGCUCGUCGUACGCCGACCUGUACACCCAGAACGUGGAGAUCAGCAUGGGGGAGCAGGGGGAGCAGCAGCGCAGGCAGGCCAGCGAGGGCAAGGCACCUAGGGAGAGACCCGUGUGGCUGACAGAGAGCACUGUGCAUGGAGGAACAUACAGCGAGCCAGACCCACUCAAGAACUGUGAGUUACUAAGUACUGCUGUUUUUCUCUCUCGCUCUCUCUCUCUCACUCUCACUGUCUCUCUCUCACACUCUCUCUCUCUCUCACACUCUCUCUCUCACUCUCUCUCUCUCUCUCUCACACUCUCUCUCUCACACUCUCUCUCUCUCCUCUCUCUCUCUCUCUCUCUCUCUCUCUCUCUCUCCUCUCUCUCUCUCUCUCUCCUCUCUCUCCUCUCUCUCUCUCUCUCGCUCUCUCUCUCUCUCUCUCUCUCUCUCUCUCUCUCUCUCUCUCUCUCACACUCUCACACUCUCACACUCUCACACUCUCUCUGUCUCUCUCACACUCUCACUGUCUCUCUCUCUCUGUCUCUCUGUCUCUCUCACUGUCUCUCUCUCUCACUGUCUCUCUCUCUCUCAUACUGUCCACUCAGCAUAGCUAGCUACUACAUAGCCAGUGCUGGAGUAGGCUUUCCUCAGCGAUUUCAGUGCCAACACUAUUUUAAUUCCAUAAUUUUGAAUUUGUAUUAGGAUAUUGAAUGUAAUAUUUUUGAAUUUGUAAUGCACAAAUGUAAAUCAUUGAAUUCAUAAAUCAAACUUGUAUUUCAUGAUUUGAAAAUGAAUCGAAUGAAUAUUGCAUUCAGUUUUAAAUUCAAAUUCAAUAUUUAUAUAUACAGUUACAAUAUGGUAGAUAUUUCAUUCAUUGCCAAGUUUAUCAAAGUUUCAUAUAUUCAACUUCUCCGAUGCAUUAAAUGUACAUUAAAAACCAGAGACAACAUCCUGGUACUUUGCCAGCCAGGAAAGAUAGAGGAGAACGGUUUCUGAAGCCAAUGUGGCAUGUUGAAUUUAUUUUCUUCCAAUUAAUUUGGCUCUUGCGUUUGAACCAAUUUGGCUAUGAGCUAGUAUGAAAGCUAAGACUCUCUGGAGCAUGGAUGUGCCUUCUAUUCCCCUCUAUGAUGAUCACAGGCCGCGUUAGAAGGGAGUGUCACAAAAAAACGUUAGAGUGCAACUGAGGUGGUUUGGUGAUCCAUCCAUGUGAUGAGUAGCCUCAUAAUUACAUGACUGAUUACCGCUUGUAGCGAACCAUUCAUGUAAGCUCGGGGGAUCAGGCCGGUAGCGAGGUUAUGUGACGCGCAACCUUGGCUGAAGACGUGUUAGUUUAACUGAUGGUGUUCUAACCCUGGUUUCUUUUGCACCAGACAAUGCAACUUUUCAGGUCUCAGACAAGUUACUCUCAAACGAGCGUGGUCACCGAACCACCUGUGUUACACUUUACUCCCCUUUGACCUCAUCCUUGAAGAGACCCAUCCAAGACACAGGACCAAUGCCUAGGCUUUAGCUCAACAUGCUAACACAGUCUUAACCCAGUCAGUCACAUUAACCUUAUAAUGACUACCCUUGCCGGAGACUUGAAACCAGGGGUGGACUGCGACCGAAAAUCGGCCCUGGCAUUUCUAACACACCGGGCCAUUCUUUUCCCUGAGGCCCCCACACUGGCCCCUUCUUUUCCUCCAGGCCCCCCACACUGGCCCCUUCUUUUCCUCCAGGCCCCCACACUGGCCCAUUAUUUUCCUUGAGGCCCCCAGUAUUAGCCAGAGAAUGAUAAUUUUGCGCAAGAAACCUAAGUUACAAAUAAUGGAUGGGCAUUUGCCCAGAUAACCAGUCCGCCCCUGCUUAAAACUAGACUAUGUCUCAAAAAGACGAACACAUGUCAAACUAACACAUCACAGGUCUCAAGCAAGGUUCUCAUCACAUAAGCAUGGAUCACCAAACCAUGCGAGUAACUGCUGGAUCUUGAAGACUUGUAUUAUUGUAGCAGAUGGGGAAAUGUAAAACUCACUCCUCAGCCUGAAGUGUGGCCCCUUGCGCAAUUGAAGAAGGUUUUUUUUUUUAUAGCACGAUGGGUUGGAAUGCUUCAGGAGGGCGGUCACGUGUGUUUUCGAGGCAGAAGUCCUGAGUUCGAGUCUCAAUAUGAGCUGAAUCGGGGAAAGCGUAUCCCUAUAGGCAUUAUCUAAGUGGGCUAACACAGUCUUGUGACAUGCAGGAGACCUGGUUUGAACCCAGUCAGUCACAAGAGCAAGAAUAAAUAGGGAGUGGAAAGGCUAUCCUUAGAAGGGCUAUGACAUGGCUAUUCAACUAAUUUUGGUAUUUGUGCCACUCCCUUCUAACACAGCUUGUGAUCAUCAAAGAGGGGAACAGAAGGCACAUCCAUGCUCCAGAGAGUCUUAGCUUUCAAGAAUGGCUUAUAGCCAAAACGGUUCAAAUGCUAGAGCUGUUCUAUCUGUUCUCCUCUACCUUUCCUGGCUGGCAAAGUACCAGGAUGUUGUCUCUGGUUUUGAAUGUGAAUUUAGAGAACUGAGUUUGAGAACUGAAUCUGAAUACAUCUGAGAAGCUGAAUAUAUUAAACUUUAAUAAACUUGAAAUUAUGGUUUGGUAACAUGAUACACAGACAAUGAAUGCAAUAUCUACCAUAUUGAAACUGAAUACAGUGGGGGAAAAAAGUAUUUAGUCAGCCACCAAUUGUGCAAGUUCUCCCACUUAAAAAGAUGAGAGAGAUCUGUAAUUUCCAUCAUAGGUACACGUCAACUCUGACAGACAAAAUGAGAUUUUUUUUCUUCUGAAAAUCACAUUGUAGGAUUUUUAAUGAAUUUAUUUGCAAAUUAUGGUGGAAAACAAGUAUUUGGUCAAUAACAAAAGUUACUCAAUACUUUGUUAUAUACCCUUUGUUGGCAAUGACACAGGUCAAACGUUUUCUGUAAGUCUUCACAAGGUUUUCACACACUGUUGCUGGUAUUUUGGCCCAUUCCUCCAUGCAGAUCUCCUCUAGAGCAGUGAUGUUUUGGGGCUGUCGCUGGGCAACACGGACUUUCAACUCCCUCCAAAGAUUUUCUAUGGGGUUGAGAUCUGGAGACUGGCUAGGCCACUCCAGGACCUUGAAAUGCUUCUUACGAAGCCACUCCUUCGUUGCCCGGGCGGUGUGUUUGGGAUCAUUGUCAUGCUGAAAGACCCAGCCAUGUUUCAUCUUCAAUGCCCUUGCUGAUGGAAGGAGGUUUUCACUCAAAAUCUCACGAUACAUGGCCCCAUUCAUUCUUUCCUUUACACGGAUCAGUCGUCCUGGUCCCUUUGCAGAAAAACAGCCCCAAAGCAUGAUGUUUCCACCCCCAUGCUUCACAGUAGGUAUGGUGUUCUUUGGAUGCAACUCAGCAUUCUUUGUCCUCCAAACACGACGAGUUGAGUUUUUACCAAAGUUAUAUUUUGGUUUCAUCUGACCAUAUGACAUUCUCCCAAUCCUCUUCUGGAUCAUCCAAAUGCACUCUAGCAAACUUCAGACGGGCCUGGACAUGUACUGGCUUAAGCAGGGGGACACGUCUGGCACUGCAGGAUUUGAGUCCCUGGCGGCGUAGUGUGUUACUGAUGGUAGGCUUUGUUACUUUGGUCCCAGCUCUCUGCAGGUCAUUCACUAGGUCCCCCCGUGUGGUUAUGGGAAUUUUGCUCACCGUUCUUGUGAUCAUUUUGACCCCACGGGGUGAGAUCUUGCGUGGAGCCCCAGAUCGAGGGAGAUUAUCAGUGGUCUUGUACGUCUUCCAUUUCCUAAUAAUUGCUCCCACAGUUGAUUUCUUCAAACCAAGCUGCUUACCUAUUGCAGAUUCAGUCUUCCCAGCCUGGUGCAGGUCUACAAUUUUGUUUCUGGUGUCCUUUGACAGCUCUUUGGUCUUGGCCAUAGUGGAGUUUGGAGUGUGACUGUUUGAGGUUGUGGACAGGUGUCUUUUAUACUGAUAACAAGUUCAAACAGGUGCCAUUAAUACAGUUAACAAGUGGAGGACAGAGGAGCCUCUUAAAGAAGAAGUUACAGGUCUGUGAGAGCCAGAAAUCUUGCUUGUUUGUAGGUGACCAAAUACUUAUUUUCCACCAUAAUUUGCAAAUAAAUUCAUUAAAAAUCCUACAAUGUGAUUUUCUGGAUUAUUUUUUCUCAAUUUGUCUGUCAUAGUUGACGUGUACCUAUGAUGAAAAUUACAGGCCUCUCAUCUUUUUAAGUGGGAGAACUUGCACAAUUGGUGGCUGACUAAAUACUUUUUUCCCCACUGUAUAUACAGUACGAGUCAGAAGUUUGGACACACCAACUCAUUCAAGGGUUUUUCUUUAUGUUUGCUAUUUUCUACAUUGUAGAAUAAUAGUGAAGACAUCAAAACUAUGAAAUAAAACAUAUGGAAUCAUGUAGUAACCUAUAUUUGAUAUUCUUCAAAUAGCCACCCUUUGCCUUGAUGACAGCUUUGCACACUCUUGGCAUUCUCUCAACCAGCUUCACCUGGAAUGCUUUUCCAGGUGGAAGGAGUUCCCAGAUAUGCUGAGCACUUGUUGGCUGCUUUUCCUUCACUCUGCGGUCCGACUCAUCCCAAACCAUCUCAAUUAGGUUGAGGUCUUGUGAUUGUGGAGGCCAGGUCAUCUGAUGUAGCACUCCAUCACUGUCCUUCUUGGUAAAAUAGCCCUUACACAGCCUGGAGGUGUGUUGGGUCAUUGUCCUGUUGAAAAACAAAUGAUAGUCCCACUAAGCCCAAAACAGAUGGGAUGGCGUAUCGCUGCAGAAUACUGUGGUAGCCAUGUUAAUUGUGCCUUGAAUUCUAAAUAAAUCACAGACAGUGUCACCAGCAAAGCACCCCCACACCAUAACACCUCCUCCUCCAUGCUUUACGUGGGAAAUACACAUGUGGAGAUCAUCCGUUCUCCCACACCGCGUCUCAAAGAUCUCCAAUUUGGACUCCAGACCAAAGAACACAUUUCCACCAGUCUAAAGUCCAUUGCUCAUGUUUCUUGGCCCAAGCAAGUUGUUCUUAUCAUUGGUGUCCUUUAGUAGUGGUUUCUUUGCAGCAAUUCGACCAUGAAGGCCUGAUUAACACAGUCUCCUCGGUACAGUUGAUGUUGAGAUGUCUGUUACUUGAUCUCUGUGAAGCAUUUAUUUGGGCUGAAAUUUCUGAGGCUGGUAACUCUAAUGAACUUAUCCUUUGCAGCAGCGGUAACUCUGCGUCUUCCAUUCUUGUGGCGGUCCUCAUAAGAGCCAGUUUCAUCAUAGCGCUUGAUGGUUUUUGCGACUGCACUUGAAGAAACUUUCAAAGUAAUGAUGGACUGUUUCUCUUUGCUUAUUUGAGCUGUUCAUGCCAUAAUAUGGACUUGGUCUUUUACCAAAUAGGGCCAUCUUCUGUAUACCCCCCUACCUUGUCACAACACAACUGAUUGGCUGAAACGCAUUAAGAAGGAAAGAAAUUCUACAAAUUAACUUUUAAGAAGGCACACCUGUUAAUUGAAAUGCAUUCCAGGUGACUACCUCAUGAAGCUAGUUGAGAGAAUGCCAAGAGUGUGCAAAGCUGUCAUCAAGGCAAAGGGUAGCUAUUUGAAGAAUCUCCAAUAUAAAAUGUUUUGAUUUGUUUAACACUUUUUUGGUUUUUGGUUACUACAUGAUUCCAUAUGUGUUAUUUUAUUGUUUUGAUGUCUUCACUAUUAUUCUACAAUGUAAAAACUAGUACAAAUAAAGAAAAACCCUUGAAUGAGUAGGCGUGUCCAAACUUUUGACUGGUAGUGUACAUAUUGAACUUUGUAAUGUAUUUUUAAAACUGAAUGCAAAAUUCAUUCAAUUCAGUUUCAAAUCAUGAAAUACAAAUUUGAUUUAUGAAUUCAAUGAUACAAUUUGUGCAUUACAAAUAAAAAAAUAUUUAAUCAAAUUCAAUAUACUAAUACAAAUUCAAAAUUAUGGAAUUCAAAUACAAUUUCUGUUGGCACUAAAAUCGCUCCAUAUCCUCAGUUAAGGCCUUAAGACGUCAGGUUCUACAUCUUUUACCAUCUCCCACUAAAGCUAAGCCCUAAUGUCUGAAUGGGAGUAAUCAGUAGGCUGAUUUGUGUGUGGCUGAGGUUAGACUGCUCAUUAAAGGGAUAGUGCGAGAUUUUGGCAAUGAAGCCCUUUAUCUACUUACCCAGAGUCAGAUCUCAUGGAUACCAUUUUCAUUGGCUCGCGAAUCUACCUCUGUAACUUCCUUCAUACUGGAUGCAGAUACAUACAAAUGGUAUUCAUGAGUUCAUCUGACUCUGGGGAAGUAGAUAGAUAAAAUCUUGCACUAUCCCUUUAAUAAAACCCUGUCUGAUUCAUGACCUUUCAGUUCUUUAUUGGAGAUGUUUGUCUUUGGAAUGACCUCCGAGACUAUUGGACCUAGUCACUUUAAUAGAAGAGAUUUAAUCUCCGUGAUGAAUUUGCACAUCUAGUCUUUUAGUUUACUUGCAGAGUUUCACUUUUAUUCCUAUAGCCGUAUGUAUUGUUGUUGUUGUUGUUGUUAUUAUAAUGUUUUAUUAUAAGAUGUUUCUAAUUGACAUUUGAUCUUCUCUCUGCAGCCGGAGACGACGCGGCAGGAGCCCAGAUGGGCGUGGCCGGGCUCGGCGGUGGCCAAUCAGACGAGAACGAAGAAGUGAUGCGCGCCCUGCUCAUCCACGAGAAGAGGAGCGGCGCCGGCCCGGCAGGAGGCGGAGCCGUAGCGGCAGCCAGGGCGCUCAUCUCCUCAUCAGCAGCCAAGGGCAGCGACUCGGAGAGCGACACCAGCGAAUCAGACGAGGACUCUCCCAUGGCUCCACCCCCUGUGGCUGCAGCCCAGCGGCGGCCGACGGGUAUGGAGAUGGAGGAGGAGGAUGAUGAUGAAGAGUUUGAGGAGGUGGGGGAGGAUGAGCCCAUGGUAAUGGUGGGGGGUAGGUCAUUCUCCUAUCGGGAGGUGAGCCAGAGACCAGAGCUAGUGGAGAAGAUGAGCUCUCAAGAGAAAGAGGCCUACAUCGAGAUGGGACAGAAUAUCUUCCAGGAAAUGUACUUCUAA